CUGAGCUGUGCCAGCUGAUCAUGUCGAGGUCAAUAAUUGCAGCCAGUCGGGUCUUCAGUACAGUAAGGAUAUUCAACAGGAGUGCAUUCAGUGUCCAUCACCUUAGCCAUACGGGUCAAAGUAAGAAACUGUUCAAAAUGGAGACAAGAAGCAGCGGAGAAAGACAGAUGUCUUCGGAAGAACCAAGAAGGUUUGCUAAACCCGACGAGGUGAACUAUGCGUUGAGGCAAGAUAUGGGACAGGGCUACACAAGGAGUACAAUUGAGAUAUCAGCCUUAGGUACCAAAUACAACAUGGUGUAUGGUGAAUGGGUACCUGUGGAUAGAUCGGUUGAAGGAUGCCCAGUGGUAAUCUGCAUACACGGCACACCAGCAACGGAGGGAGCCUUCCGUCCGAUUGGCAGUCGGAUUGCGUCGGGUGGCUACAGAGUUCUGGCCGUCAACUUUCCAGGUAUGGGGUACACACAGAUUGACCCAGAGCGAAAAUAUGACUACUCAUCUUCAGAUAAAGCAGAACUCGUCAAAGGUUUUAUAACUGCCAUGCAAUUAGAUAGUGUUGCCAUGGUUAUAGGCCAUUCAUCUGGAAGUCAUGUUGUUGCAGAAUUAGGGGCAGAUCGAGCCUUAGAAGGUAUUCUUCAAUCUACUUGCUUCCUAUGUGGGACGGGAAUCACACCUCAUAAGAUGCAGAAACUUAGUACACGAAUACCGUACGCUGCUUCCAUCAUUUUCAGGGCAUUGUACAUGCCAGUUAUUGGAUGGAUUGUCGAGUUUCUUUGCUCCAAAUUCAUUCACUACAUGGGUUUUCGCGGGAGAACGACGGAGGCGCAAGUCUUGAGCAUCUAUGAAGCGGCCCUCUUGGACUUUACCGCGUUUGCUAGAUCUGUAAAGAGAAUAGCCGAGAAGAAAUUACCGGUCCUGCUAUUCUUCUCCCUUGACGAUGUUGUCGUUGAAGCAGAACUCCUCCAAGAAAAUAUUGACAUUCUUGGGAUUCCAGAGGCAGAUAUCAAAGACUAUGAUGUUAACGGAGAGUCAGAACUCAUCUAUGGAGACGAGACCCUACGGAGAGUUGUCCGCUUCGCCAAAGCUACCCAUCGGCUGCAGUUCACCAAUCCGGAGAAGACUACAGCAGAGAUCGUCUCGUUGCUGGAUGCUCUGGGAAAAAGAUGAUGAUACUGAGCCAGAGUGCAACACAUCUCACACACACACACCAAAAAGUAAUGAUUUGGAAUCGCUCAAAGUAAUUGAAGUAUAGUAAAAAUGUAGUCUUCAUGAGCAGGCUGCCUUCAUGAACAGGUUUCAAGUCCAGGUGGGUGUUUCAAAAAGCUGUUCAUCUAGUCCAUUUGACUUUAAACUUGUUCUUAGGUGCUAAUCAGCUAAUAAUAAUAAUGAUAGUCAGUUCUUGUAUAGCGCAUAACACAUAAUGAAUAUUAUCUAUGCGCUUCCAAAGG